AUAGGACUGGCAUGUGCCAGACAGUCAAUUUAUUAAAUUAAUCUGUGGCACCGCAAAAGUCGCGCGUGCUAGUAAGUCGAGUUUAUGGAAUCAAUUUUGAUUGUUCUAAAUUUCGGAUGACUCGUGACGAAAAUAGUUAGUAAAAAUGAUAUUGCUAAUUCGGUGAAACAAAAUUACAUCCUAUAUAAUUUGACUCAAAUAUAUGUUUAUUUUGUGCUAAGUGUCAGUAUUCAGUGAGUAUUAUGAACUUUGAGGACUAUGAAACCCUUCCGACCCAGAACUUCGCCAUACACAUGACUGCCGGGGCGAUAGCGGGCGUCAUGGAGCAUUGCAUAAUGUACCCGCUGGAUUCCGUAAAGACGCGGAUGCAGUCGCUUCGGACGGCGCACAACAGCACCAUCCGGGAGACUUUCCGGUACAUGGUGCAGCGGGAAGGACUGCUCAGGCCUGUGCGCGGUCUGUCGGCCGUGGUGCUGGGCGCCGGGCCCGCGCAUGCGUGCUUCUUCGCCACCUACGAGCACUGCAAGAUGACGCUCUCGCACCUAACGCGACAUCGGCAUGACCACAUCACACACGGUUUGUCAGGGUGCCUAGCGUCGCUCAUGCACGACGCAGUUUCGAAUCCAGCUGAAGUGGUGAAGCAGAGGCUACAGAUGCUGAACUCGCCGUACCGCGGCGUGUGGGAGUGCGCGCGGCACGUGUACCGCACGGAGGGCGCGCGCGCCUUCUACCGCUCCUACGGCACGCAAGUCGCCAUGAACGUGCCCUUCCAGGCGCUGCACUUCGUCACGUACGAGUGGUGCCAGUCCAUCAUCAACCCGGCGCGCAAGUACGACCCGCGCGCGCACGCGCUCAGCGGAGCCGCGGCCGGCGCGCUCGCCGCCGCCGCCACCACGCCGCUCGACGUGUGCAAGACCGUGCUCAACACGCAGGAGUCGGCGCGCGCCGAGGGGCUGGCGCAGGCCGCCGCGCAGGUGCUGCGCGCCACCGGCCCGCUCGGCUUCCUCAAGGGCGUGCGCCCGCGCGUGCUCUACCAGAUGCCCGCCACUGCCAUCUGCUGGCUCACUUACGAAACUUUCAAACACAUGCUUGGUGACGGUGGCGAGGAGCAAAGUUCCGGAGCGGCGACGACGACAGCGACGGCGGCGGGCGGCGGCGGCGCGGUGCAGGCGAGUGCGGGCGCGCCGUCGGCGGCGGCCACUCCGCUGGCGUGCGCGGCGCUGCGGCUGGCGGCGGCGUCGCCCGAGGUGCCCGCCACCACGCUCACGCGCACUUAGAGCCGCUCGCACAACACACAGGACGCCGGUCGCCACCUCCUGACCCUUUAUCGAAGCGCCGCUCUUCACCUGAAUCGACCGACGGUUCUACACCGGCAGACCUCAGGCGGCUCAACAGACCAGUCUGAGUGACUGUCCAUGAUAACGAGACGUUAGACGGUCAUAGGUCGGAAUCUAGAAAAUCAUUAAAACCGAGUCACCGCGCGACGAAUUCGAGGAGGCGUGCGGCUUGUGCAUAAAUGUGUGUGAUGAUGUUUGUCAGAUUGGAUUUCUGUGAUUUUUGGUAUAAAUUAAGUGUUUUGGUUCUAAAUUGUGCUCGCAAUAAUUCGGUCGCGAGCGGACCGUCUAUCGAACGUCGCCGGGCCGGGGCCGCACUUGGGUUAGAGCUUCCUGUUGAAUCUAAAUAACAAAAUGAAUUCGUCGCGUAUGUAUGUAGCCCCGCUUGUACUGGGCGCACGUGUACAUAGACGUGCGUUUACCAUUGAAUUACAUCACUUUUGCAGUUAUGUUAAUUAUUUUGAAUUGCGUUUUGUAUCAUCUUGAGAUGAUUCUGUUAAUGCGGCGUAUUGAUUGGGUUUUAAAUUUAUGUUUAAGAAUAUAAAAGUCGACCGUAUCACAUGUUCGGUGUUAUAUUGUUAUUAUGGAAUGGUUUUGAAUCUUUCGGCCAACUGUUUGAAAAGUUGUGUGUCGUGGGCGGCCCGCGCAGGCGCGCGGCGGGUGUUGGUUCACACACGACUCGGUCACUUCCGCUGCCCACAGCCGCGCCUCCGACCCCACGCCAACCUGUCGUUGUACUAUACUGUUGAUAAAUGUUAUUUUUUAUAUGUCUAAAUUCUAAAAUAUUUUAUAAAUCGAGUGGAGACCGCUGUGGGACAGCGGCGGGGAGUCCGGCCGCGCGCUCACAGUGGCCACGCCACUAUAAACAUGUCUGAAAGACGAUGGAUCGAAACAGCCGUCACGUGGCGCCGUCGCCGGCGCGUGUGUCGGUGUGCUUGUUCACAGUUACCGCAUUAUAAUUACGUGACGAACGCAGCUUUAUGUCCACUCGUUAUGUUCGUAGGUAUUCGUUUAGAGUAGCGGCGGUAGUGAUGUUCCGUAUAGCGCUGUAAAUAUUGAUUCGAAUAUGUUCGUCGCGCCGGUGGUGGUUACGAUAUGUGCUCGCUGGGCGUACACAGUGAGAUGCUGUUUCGACUCUAGUGAGAUUAGACUUAGUGUACGUGUAUCGUUAUUUUUUAUUCACAGUUUUUAUACGCACAUGCACAAGCAAAUACGUUAUAAUUUAUGCGAUUAUUCCUAUAUUAUUAUAUUGUUUUGAUCAGUUUUAACUCGAAACGAUUACUUUCGAACGCAGUUCUGAGAGAGCGGUGCGAGUGUGGACCGAGCGCGAGCGCCACUAGUCAGGCGCGGCGGCUCGUGGCUGCCUCGCACCCACUGUGUGCUCAUUGGUUUUGGUUUCUUCACGUCCAUUUUCUGAAAGCCCAGCCUAUUAUAUUUCCUUCGGUUAUGAUGUGAGCACAUGGUGUUUGAAGUGAUGUUGAAUAGAGAUGAACUGUAAUAUAUACAGGGUUAGGUGUAAAUUUAUGUGACGAGAAACGAUUAAUAUCUUCAGAAGAAGGAUUGUAACGAGAAGCAAUUGCUUUUGUAUUUGUAACUUUUUUAUACACACGUACGUAAAAUAAUUUGCGUCAAGGGCACGUCCCGUGCCAUACAUUAAUUGAACUUGUUACAAUAAAGCACUCGGAAUGUGUCCAUGCGAUAUAUCAUAAGUACAGUCUUGACUCAUUGUGCAUUUUGAUUCUAAUUCAUUUGAGCGCAUUAUUUUUGCAGCGUACGACUGCGCUUGUGUGUAUACAGUAUGUUAUUUAAUGUUAUCGAUUAAAUUGAUCAAAAUUAUCAGAUCACAUCCUCGCGGAUGAAAAAUAUGUUGGCGGUGCUAUGUGUCGCGAGGGAGAGUGGCCGGCGCCCGCGCCCUGCGUGUCCGGUGCGUGUCCGGUGCGUGUCCGGCACGUAUUCGGCACGUACCGGCACGUGUCCGGCUCGGCCGCGUGGUUGCCAUGGCGCCGGCCACUCUCACCGAUGUUAUUGUUUGUGUACAUUUAUUAUGCAUUGUAUUUGUUAUAUUUAUAUGUUUUACUGUAUAGAACGAGUAAUACCGUAUAAAUUAAGAGUUUUAAAGUUAUUUGUAUAGAAAUAGAACGUAAGGCGGCGAGGCCGCGUCGCACGCAAGUGCAAACAUUUAAAAAAUCUAUGUUGUGCAAAAUAAAAAUAGUGAAUAAACAGUUGGACAAUACAAAGAGUUUUAA